AUGAAGGCGUUUCAAGUGGGAGUAUGGAGUCUAUGGUCAAUUUGGCUAUGUGGGUUGGCGUUAUUUUGUCUCUCCCUGUAUGUUACUCAAUGCUUUCUUCCUUCCCUCAAGGAUCAGAUCAUGAGGCCUAAGCUUAGUCAACGAGGCGCUAGCAUUUUGGAACCUCCGAGAAUUAUUAUAUUCUCAGCUCCUAGGCCGUUCACUGGUUCUGUUGGGGCUAGGCAGAAUUUAGUUGUUCGCUCAUGGCUUGCUUUGUCCCCACAUAUUGCAGUUGUGCUGUUCAGCAAAGACCCUUCUGUUGUUUCUUUCGCUGGAGCGUUUGAUUCGCGGGUUUUGGUCGAACCCAACAUUGAUUUCACGUUCCUCGGUACCCCAUUUUUUCAUUCGAUGAUGGCAAGAUCAAGGUCAUUUUCAUCAGACAUUUCUGUUCUGGUUGAUCCUGAAACCAUUGUUUUACCUGACUUCAUUUCCACCAUGAAUUAUGCUUACAAACUUGAUCAUGACUGGCUUCUAGUUGCUUCAUCACGAAAUGUAUCCGACCUCCCAUUCUACUUGGAUGAGGAUGGAAAGCAUUGGCGAAGAGAGAAUGGGAAAUUGAUGACGACACAGGAGUUGCAGGAGAUUUUUGGGCAGAGUUGGCAGUCGACUCCCUGUGAAGGAAAGCUGCUUAUGGCAUGGAAUAACAAAGAUCUUCCCCUACAUUCUGGAGUGCUUCCUCCUUUCUUGUAUGGUAGGGGGGUGCACAACAGUUGGGUCGUCAGUGAGGCCUUGUCAUCUGAGCUUAGGUUUGUAUUUGAUGCCAGUUGGACAAUCUCAAGCUUCUAUCUAGUUGAUCAGGAACAUCAGACUGACUGGAAUGUCGGAGGUUCCAAUGCUUCAAAUUUUGAAAGAACCUGGGAAUAUGCUGGAAAUUCUCAUAUUGGGGCACUAUAUGGAUCAUUGUCUUAUCACGAAAUUAAUUACCGUAGCCUAGUAAAACUUUUGAAAUGUGACGGGCAAUAUAUUUUUGUCAAUACAACGGAAAACAUUGUUUGUCCGAUGGUAUACCAGAGUGCAAGGAGAUUAUGGAAAGGAUGGAUAUUGCGUUUCGGGUGGAAGAACACUUUGGCUUGGGCUGAGGGUGUUAAAUCGCCAGGCCAGUUAUCAGACUGUUCUCAGAUGGUUCCAACAAAGCAUACGAAACCAUUAGACCUUCCAUUCUCUUUAGAGACACUUCUCUCGUUCAAUGCAGACAAAAAUAACACAAUUGUGCUUACUGCUGCGGGAUAUAAUUACAAGGACAUGCUAAUGAGCUGGGUGUGUAGAUUGCGCCAACUGCAGGUCACAAAUUUUAUCAUUUGUGCCCUUGACGAGGAAAUAUACGAGUUUGCUCUCUUGCAGGGCCUGCCUGUUUUCAGGGAUCCAUUAGGUCCAAGUGAGAUCAGCUUCAGUGAUUGCCACUUCGGAACAAAAUGUUUUCAGAAGGUGACAAAAGUGAAGUCCAGAAUGGUUUUGAAGAUACUGAUGAUGGGUUACAACGUGCUUCUUAGUGAUGUGGAUGUAUAUUGGUUUAGAAACCCGCUGCCAUUGCUCUACUCUUUUGGUCCUGCUGUUCUUGCAGCUCAGUCUGACGAAUUCAACAAAACAGGACCAAUUAACCUACCUAGGCGCUUGAACUCUGGCUUUUACUUUGCCCGUUCUGAUGGUUCGACAAUUGAUGCUAUGAAGAAGGUGGUGGCACAUGCAGCAACUUCAGAUCUAUCUGAGCAGCCAAGCUUCUAUGACACACUAUGUGGAGUAGGGGGUUCAAAUCGUGUGGGUGACGAUAGAUGCUUGGAACCUGAAACAAAUCUGUCCGUCCAUUUCUUGGACAGAGAUCUCUUCCCAAAUGGUGCAUAUCUGGACCUGUGGCAGAGAAAAAAAGUGAGAGCAGCCUGUGUGAAGCAGGGUUGUUUUGUUCUCCAUAACAAUUGGAUCAGCGGGAGACUGAAGAAGUUAGAAAGGCAGGUUUUAUCAGGCCUAUGGGAGCUUCUUUUAAUUGUGGCUAUGCUGAAGAGGUUCAUCCAGUUGUUAGGCCUAGCCCGGAAUACUGACAGUGGAAGAAACAAACAGUUGAAAGGAUCUACCAUAGAUGAAGGAUCUGCAAGUAAGGAAGUAGGAGCUCCCAUAUCAUUGGACUUCAGUUUACAGUCGAAGAAUAUUUUUGUGAGGAUAGUCCACGCAGGUGGGCGAGAGGAGCUGUAUCAGGAUGUAGUUCCUGCAUCUCUGUUGAUGGAAAAGUAUCCUGGGAUGUGCGUUGCCCGCCCAGAAGUGUUCAAAAAUCCUCAGGAGUCCCUUUUAAGGCCAGAGGAGAGCCUUUUGCCUGGUCAGAAGUAUUAUAUAAUACCAACUACUACAGCGCAGAAAAUUAAGCAUAAACUCCAAAAGAAAGCUAGGGCCAAAGAACCUGCUGAAGGCAAAGAGUCUCCAGAUGGGAUCAUUGUGAAUGCAGGAGGUUGCGACGCAGAUGAAUCUGUUUGCUCUGCUAAAGACUAUAAUGUCUCCAAGGAAGGGUGGUCAAAACAUUUACGGAGAAAAGGUAUUAGAGGAAAGAAGCCUUUUGUUCCCCCACUCCCGAAGACUAAAUCAUGUAGAGGAUUGGGAUGGGAGCCAAGUCUCACUUCUGUACAAGAGCUUUCUCCAUGA